UGACAUUCUUUUUGACACAUCGCGCAACCUUGAUCACUUCCAGGGUGCCAAAAAGUGUUUAUUUAAUUUUGCAACGAAUUUAUUUUUAAAUGGUGUAUAAACGCAAAAAGUACCAUUACGGCGAUACGCACUUGAAAAAAAAGUGGCGUACGAAACGACGAACAAAGGAUUUGGAUCAGAUUGAUGAAGACAUCAAGCCCGAAAAUGCCGAAAAAUUGGUGAAUCAAGAAGUAGACUACGAUAAGCCUGGCACUGCUCAAUUUUAUUGCGUUCAUUGUGCGCGUUAUUUCAUUGAUAACCACGCUCUGCACGAACACUUCAGAACCAAAGUCCACAAACGCAGACUGAAAGCCCUAGAGUUGGAGCCCUACACGAUAGAAGAAUCCGAACGAGCCGCCGGAUUUGGUAACUGGAAAGCACCGGAGAAACGGAAAAUUGAAACGAUUGACCCUGAAGUUGUCUCUGAAGCCAAGAAACUGAAAGUUGCAUAA